AUUUCUGUGAUGUGAGGUCAUCAGGUUUAUCUGAUCUGCAUAUUGCUGGCUAUACAAGGGUCUAAUGGUACUGCAACCAUUAUCAUCUUGUGCUACAAGUGACAUUUGAUUAGUUUCUCUAGUGAUGUCUGUUACUAUUUCUUUGCAAAUGUCCCAUGAUUUGGGAAUAUGCAAGAACCAUGGAUGCAAUAAACAGUUCUUGAAUCUAAUGCAAAGAGGGAAGUUGCAUCUAGUAAAAACCAGUCUUUCAUCACUUGCUUUGCCAUGGGACCCUUGGAGUAUUCGUCAUCGGGAAAGUCUAUACAGGCAGAAAUGCUCUAGCUCAUGUAAACAUAGCAUGUUUAGGUGUCAUUCUUUUUUGAAUCCAGGCAAUGGCAAUGGAAUUUCUUGCAUGAAGAAUGCCGCUGUUGAAUUCACAAGGUCAUGUACUACGUUUCAAGGCAGUCCUAUUGUACUUAAGUUGGUUUCAGCAGUUGGUAUUAUUGCUUUCGCUGUAUGGGGUCUUGGCCCGCUCAUCCGUCAAAGCAGACAUAAGAAUGAUAGUAGUUCGAAGAAGAGUGAUAUUGGCACAUAUUAUGUUACGACCUCUUAUCUUUUACCUUUGUUGCUGUGGACCGGAGUGACACUCAUCUGCAGAGAGCUGGAUCCGGUGGUCCUACCUUCAGAAGGUAGCCAAAUUGUUAAGCAACGGAUCUUGAAUUUUAUAAGAUCACUGUCAACUGUGCUGGCUCUUGCUUACUAUUUAUCGAGUGCAAUCCAGCAAGCACAGAAGUUUUUCAUGGGGACGAACGACUCCACUGAUCCAAGACCUGUAUCUAGCACUGGUUUUACAAUGGGCUUUCAAUUUAUUUCCAAAGCUGUAUACCCUGCAGUAUUGAUUGCUGCUGUUGCAUUGUUCCUGGAGUUGCUAGGUAUCUCUACGCAGAAAUUGCUCACUGCUGGAGGUCUUGGGACUGUAUUGCUUACGUUUGCUGGUCGUGAGAUAUUCAGAAACUUUCUCUCAAGUGCAAUUAUUCAUGCAACCCGACCUUUUGCCGUGAAUGAUUGGAUUCAAACAAAGAUUGAAGGCUAUGAUGUUUCUGGUCAUGUUGAGCGUGUGGGCUGGUGGACACCAACAAUUAUACGAGGUGAAAAUCGUGAAGCAGUUCACAUUCCAAAUCAUCAAUUCACUGUUAAUGUUGUGAGCAAUCUGAGUCAGAAAACUCAUUGGCGUAUUAAAACCCAUCUGGAGAUUAGUUACUUGGAUUUUGAUAAGAUUAGCAAUAUUGUUGCAGAUAUGCGCAAAUUGUUGGCGAAGAAUCCUCACUUAGAACACAAGAAGUUGCAUAGAAGAGUGUUUAUGGUAGAGAUAAAUCCGAAAAAUCCGGGUCUUGUGAUCUUAGUAUCCUGCUUUGUGAAGACCUCGCAUGUAGAGGAAUACAAGUGUGUCAGGGAAGCUAUACUGCUGGAUCUAAUCAGAAUCAUCACCCACCACAGAGCUCGACUUGCCACCCCCAUCCGCACAGUUCAAUACAGCAACUCCGAUUUUGAUGAAAUACCGUUUUCAGACUCGCCCUUCAAUCAUGUCGGAGUGGCAUCUAACCGUCCUUUGCUACUUACUGAAUCCUCUUACAAAAUCAACAGUGAUGACAGAACAAAAACCCAAACCCGGUCAACUCGCACAGGUGGAGAGCAAGACGGCACAGCUACAGCGCAGCCCCCACUCAAUGGAAAGAUAAAUGCUAAAGUACCACCUCAUUCUAAAGCCAAAGAGACAUCGAUUUCAGAACCCAACGUGAAGCACAGACCCACACCUGAUUCAAAAGUAGGCGUGAAGGCCGGAGAAAUACAAAAUCUUGACACCAAAGAAGAAAAUACUGAUCGUAAGGUAGGGGAGAAAGCGAAGGCAAAAUCAAAACUAGAAAGUGAUGUUCCGUCGAUUCAACAAUCGAAACAACAAACUGAAAGACCGCCACAGCCGCCAGUAUCAAGGCCGCCUUUGGAAGAGAAUAUGGUUCUUGGUGUUGCUUUGGGGGGAUCAAAGAGGACUCUACCUAUUGGGGAAGGGAUGGCACCUGCUCCGGUUCAAUCAGAGGUGAAGGAAAUGGCGAAAUCCCGAACUGGGAAUGGGUCUUCAGCUGCUGAAAAGGAUAAAAAGGAUUCUCAACUUCCAAAUGUACGUAGCACUACUUCAUCCGGUGAUCAAGGGAAACCGCAAAAUUAAUCCAAGGCCAUGCUCUGAAAUCUUCUCACUGAGCUACAAUGAAUGUCAGCAUAGUCUGUAUAUCCUUUUGAUUUGUCCAUUGCUACUAAAGUAGGAAAUAUGUAGUUAUAUUGGCUGUGCUCUUUGGAGAUUUGGUUCACUGGGAAAUCCUAACAUGAAAACUUUCCCCGUUGGGGUUUUUGGUUUGUCAACUCGUGAAUCAAAUCGGUAAUCGAAAUGGUCUUAUUCUGGAUCGGGAA